GGUCUAAUUUAAGGGGAUAAUCAAAGGACAUGGAGAACAUCAAAAGACAUUUGUACAUAACACUCCAUAUAUUAUUACUGAUAAUAUUUAGGAUGGGUUGCAGAGAAUAUUAUCCCACUCAAUAAGCAAGAAGAGAACUUCUUCAAUAGCAAGGGAAAAUUCAAUCCAUUCUAUAACAGAGAUCCACAAGGAAAGUGAUAGCCACAAGUCUAUUGAGGAGAACAUUGUGGAUGACCAUUUUGAAUUACAUACGUUCGAAGGCAAGAAGCACAUAAAGUGCUCGCUAUCAAUUCCUGCAAAUGUUAACACUAAAAGCUUAAAAAGGACCGAUUCUACCCGGCAUUUGAUCCGUGUUAUAUCUACAUCCGCUCGGUUGAACCCCGAUAACAAUGCCUUGCCUCCUAAGCUAUCACCACAAACGAACAACGUAAGUGCAGGAGAUGUGUUGGGGGAAGACAUUGCAGAGGAAGAAGGCGUUUGUAGGAUUUGUUUCGAGGAGCUCGGAGAAGAGGCGUUCAAAAUGGAGUGCAGCUGCAAAGGGGGUCUCGCGCUCGCCCACAACGAGUGCACGUUGAAGUGGUUUGGCAUUAAGGGCAACGCGGUUUGCGACGUUUGCAAGCGCGAAGUACGAAAUCUUCCCGUUACACUGCUGAGAUUACAAACCUUUGCUUCAACAAGUGUUGUAAGAAGGCCAAUAAUGGUCGAGCCUAGACAAGAGCAGCAUGAUGCUUAUCAGCACAGGCAUGUUUGUUCUUUUAUGAACCCAUAGGUGCUUCUCAUACUUGCAUAAAUUAAUGUUUCCAUGUUGUGGUUUCUCAUUACUAGCUACUUGAUGGGGAAUAACCCCACGCCAGCACUAGGGCUGACAUCGGGCUUGGACGUUCCUGCCCGGCCCAGAGCUCCACUCGUCCUGCUGCCCGGCUCUACGCUCCGCUCGUCCCUCCUGCUCGGUUCAGAGCUCCACUCGUCCUGCUGCCCGGCUCUGCGCUCCGCUCGUCCUCCUGCUCGGCUCAGAGCUCCACUCGUCCUGCUGCCCGGCUCU